AUUUUUCCUCUGGCCAGGAGGGAUUUUAAAGGGGUUUAUCCUUCCCUUUAUAUUUAGGACACCCCCCACACACUGUUCACUCUCCCCCCAUUGAUAUUGUAGUCUCUCUCCCCCCAGUGCAGCCGGAGGAGCCAGUAUCCCUAUCCCAUGCUGCUGAUCACUCCCCGCCACCCCGCCUCGAGAGAUCUUCCCACGCCCCACCCUCUUGGUAUCCUUCCCCUCCCCUGCCUGCAUCCUAGCUGGGACAAGUGAUUCGCCUUUCCCCUCUCCCCUAACCAUCCCUUCUGUCUCCUGCCUCGUGCCAAAAUACUGGGGGAAACUGUGGGUGGGGCCCCUCACCUUGACCCUGUGGUCCCACCCCUGCCAAAUCCCCCAUUUCUCCCUGUGGCUAAUCUCUUCACCACCACCACCGGGCCCUCUACCUCCACCACUCAUCGGGCGCCGCUGGACAUGGGUCCGGACUCUGCAGCUGCCAUGGCCACGGUCCCCUCCAGUUUCCAGGGAGCCUCCUUGGCUGGUCAAAAGGGCCAGGGGAAGAAAAAGGGCAAGAGCCCGCCCGCCUCCCGGGGUGUCAAGAAGGCCUCACGCUUGCGGCGGGCGAGUUCCCUCUGGCUGUUCCGCUGGCUGGAGGUCUCCCCGGCUCCGGCUGCUGUUGCUGCUCGGGGUGGCCCUGCCGGCCUGCCCUCCGGGGGCCAGCGGCUGACCCCACCUCCAUCUCUGGGGUAUUGCCUGGCUGGCUGCGGGUUGCUUGCUGCUGCUCCCUUGAGCCGGCUGCUGUUACCAUUCAGGAGGAGGACCCUGUUCGGGGAGCGCGCAGACGGGUGCUGGACACCGUGGAGGGGCUUCGUUGCUGAACUGAGUGACUCUCCUCUUUGCUCCUGGGGUGGUGGUAGCGACAGUUGUUGUGGGGAGCAGGGGGAGUGGUGUGGGGCCCUCCCCCUAGCCCAUCUGCUCCCACCUCCAGCACCCCCACUUACCAUCUGGACCUGCUCUUCACCCCUCCACACGGGGCAGGGAUAGCUCAGUGCUUUGAGCAUUGGCCUGCUAAACCCAGGGUUGUGAGUUCAAUCCUUGAGGGGGCCAUUUAGGGAUCUGGGGCAAACACUGGGGACUGGUCCUGCUGCGAGCAGGAGGUUGGAUGAGAUGAUAGCAGGCCAAUGCUCAAACCAAUUCAUUGAUUCCCUGCAGUGCAGUGGCCUGGGGGUGCAGCGGGGCUGGAAGGGAUUGUCCGGCUGAGGGUUUCGAACUUAACAGUUAAGGGAAGCUCAUGGUAACCCCGCCCAAAGCUUCCUUGUAAAAGAGCCUCGCGCUGAUGAAGUGUAAGGAAUAUGAAAGCAACACCUCUUUUUGUCGCCUGGGGGCUCAUGUGAUUCCUCCCCUCCCAGAGACUGGAUAGAACCCAGGAGUCCUGGCUCCCAGCCCCCUUACUCUAGCCUACUAGACCCCACUCCACUCUCAAAGCAGGGGCCAGAACCCAGGAGUCCUGUGCUGGAGGCUGGACCUGGGGUGGGCCUUUCCCUGAAAUGGGCAGACCCACCCUCACCCCCCCACCCCCACCAGCUGCCUACCUAAGAGGCUCCCCUUCCUGAACCAUAUGAGAUAUGGCUGUAGGGUCCCAUGCCACAUCCCCUUACUGAAGAAGUGUGGCUGUGUGAUCCCCUCAUGGGAUCACCAUUCUCAUGCCCUGGUGCUCCUUGCCCUUUCUGGGGCUCUUGCCAGAGGCUCCUUCCCUCCUGGGACCUAUCUCUGCACUUCCAAUCCCCUCGCCGUCCCUUGAAGGGUGUGGCUGUCUCAUCCCUGGGGCCUCUCCCCAGCCCUGGGAGUACGGCUCUGUGCUCCCAGGCAGGGUGGGACCCUGCGUCCAGACCCUUCCCCCCUCCCCAACUCUCCAACGUGGGCUGUCACUUACAAUGCCUUGCCAGUGACAAGCAGCCAACCCCUCCAGGCGCUGAGGUCACUCUGCCAACAACAGGCAGGGAGACACCCAGCUCAAUUGCAUGACUGAGGUAGAGAGUGUCACCCCCCCACCCCCAGCUUGUAUCUCCAUGGGGGAGAAGGAGUCAAAAGCAGAUGGGGGGCAUGCUGGGAUGGAGUGAGGGAGACCCCUGGUAGAAUAUAUGGGGAUGCAGAAAGUGGGGGUGACCCCGGCAGAAUAAUGAGAGGUGCAAGGAUUGGGCGUGACCCCUGGAAAGAUAUUGGGGGGGACAGGGGGACAGGGAUCUCCCAGCAGUGGGGUGAAGGAGUGAGCAGAAUCCCCUGAUGGGGGGAGUCCAGGGUCUCCUGUGCGGGCUGUGGGUCCCUGGGGUUGAAGUCCCAGGAAAUGAAAGUGUGGAUAGAACAAAACUUGGGAGAACAGAGAGACAGAAGGAAACCUGUAACCUAUUCUACAGCAGCCCAGGGUGGUCAUCCCUCCCUCAAUGCCCAAUUUCCCCACCUCCACCCUAGCCUGCCCCACAGGGCCAGGGCAUUGGGCUUGCUCCAGAUUUACCCAGGGAUCAGAAUCCUGGCCUGAUUCCAUUGGCAUCAGUGGGGUGGCUCUGUAUUUACAGUGGGGUCCCUGAGGCGCUAGGUGCUGGCCCCAGUGCGGCACUAUGGGGCGCUAUGCUGCAGGUUGGGGGGCUCAGCGGGGGGCGCUCUCCCCUGGCAGGCAGUGCUGGCCCCAAUGCCCCAGCGUGGCGUUAGGGGGCGCUAUGCUGCUGGCAGGGGGCUUAGCAGGGGGCGUUCUCCUCGGGUACGCAAUGGCCCCAGGGACUCGGUGCAGGCUUUGGCUCACUGUGGUUUCCUUUGCAGCCUCUCUAGCUCCUCAUACCCUGGGACGAGAGUCACGGGAGGGGCGUUUCAUCCACCACAGGGGUGGAAAAAUUGGUGGCCACAGCUUCCUUCCCAGCUGGCUGUGGCUGGGGGUGUGAAGGGGGGCAGGAACUCAGCACUGGGGGGAGCGUGAUGACGUCUGAGACACUGAGAACACAGGAGACCUUGUGUGCUGCCUUCAUCCACCUUCAAAGCGCGUCUCUCCCAGCAGAGACACAUCCCAGCCCUGGCUGCCGACGGGCCCCGGAUCCUAAAUAUACCUCAGCUUGGCUCCUGAGACAGGGGAGUUCAGAGGCCGACGGCCCUUCGUGGGUGGGGGAACCCAUCACAUCAGCCAUGCCCAGAUUUGUUGCCUUCAUCCCCCUCCUCCUCUUCAUCUUCUCUGGGGCCUCCUCCCAUUGUCAGACAGGGACGCUCAAUGAAUGCAAGAAGCACACGGCCUUCGUUCCCGGGCACAGCUUGGUAGGAAUGGGCAUCGAUGUGACCAUGAUGGCCAGGAAGGGGGCUGAUCUGGUGGACAGCAGUGACUGGCAGAAUCCAGAUGGCACCUGCACCCUGUGCAGGAACCAACUGCAGGGAGGGCAGUGGCAGAGGCUGCCACUGGCUGUGGUGGACUGGAGGGUCCACGUCUCAUGCCAACACAGCCUGAGCAGCUCGGUGCCGCAGUCGGCGAUGGGCAUGAUGGAGUCCGCGGCGUCCCCGGUGCAGAACGACUGGAAGGUGGGGCUGGACGUGCCGGUGAAGCCCAAGGUUAAUGUCCAGGUGGCGCUGGCCGGAUCGCAUUCCAAACUGGCCAGUUUCCUGCUAGACCACAAGCGGAAGGACAAAUACAGCUUCAUGAGCCAUGAGGUCUCCUGCGACUAUUAUAGGAUCCGGGUCAGCGAGACGCCCCCGCUCACCAGCCAUUUCACUCUGGCGCUGGAGAACCUCCCGGAGCAGUACGACAGCAAAUCCAAGCUGGAGUACCAGCAGCUAAUCAGCAACUACGGCACCCACUACCUGUCCCAGAUGCAGCUGGGGGGCCGGGCAUGGGACGUGACGGCCGUGCGGGUCUGCGAAGCGGCAUUGAGCAGCUUGAGUGACGACGAGAUCAAGGACUGCUUGAGGAUGGAGGCAGCCAAGAGUAUCGGAAUGGGCUCAGUCAAGGGUGGGCACAGCAAGUGCGAGGAGGAGAAGAAGAAGGGGAAGAUCCAGGGGAGCUUCCACGAGACGUAUCGGGAGCGUCACAUGGAGGUGGAGGGAGGAGAGAGCAUGACUGAUGUGCUCUUCGGGAGUAAUGCCAAGGUCUUCCCCACCUGGAUAGAGAGCCUCAAAGCCAGCCCCGGUCUGGUGUCCUAUUCGCUGCACCCCAUCCACAUCCUGCUGGAGCAGGAUGACCCCAAGCGGGAGGCACUGAGGCGGGCAGUGAGUGAGUACAUCCGUGAGAGAGCCCUGUGGAGCAAUUGCACCCAAAGCUGCCCCUCGGGGACUCAACGCAGCGCCCAUGACCCCUGCUCCUGCCUCUGCCCCGGGGAUACCAUGACCAACACCAUGUGCUGCUCGCGGGAGCGCGGCCUGGGGAAGCUCACGGUGACAGUGAAGAGGGCCAGUGGCCUCUGGGGGGAUUACAUUACUGCUACGGAUGCCUUCGUCAAGGUCUUCUUUGAGAGAAGGGAAAUCCAGACCCGCACCAUCUGGAACAACAACAGUCCCAUCUGGAACGUCCCCUUGGACUUCGGUACCGUCCGCAUCACCAGCGCCAGCAAGAUCCGAGUCCAGCUCUGGGACGAGGACAAGUGGGACGAUGACCUGCUGGGAAGCUGCGACAUCCCGCUGGAGGCUGGGGGACCCCACCAGAAGGAUUGCUACCUGAACCACGGCCGCAUCUGGUUCCAGUACAGCCUGCGCUGUGGGCCUCACCUCGGGGGCCGGAGCUGCUUCGACUAUGUCUCCCAGCCACCCUAGCAGAGCACAGCCAAGGGGAAGGAGGUGGAGGCCUUCUGGUCAAUAGCACUCCUUAUCCCCCAGAGCAUUUCCAAGCUCUCGCUCUGCUAACGCUACUGAGCUUCAUGCUGUUACUCCUGCUCAGGUAUUGGUCUUUCCUAUACCCAGAAGAGACGGUCUGCUCCUGUGGCCCGAUGUCCUCACAACUCCCACUGGGAAAAUAUCCCAGCAUGAACUGCCCAUUCCAGAUCCCUCAGACCAGCCUGUCCAAUGAUUCCAGCCAUCCAAGGUGCCCAUCUCACCAACAAACCAAGGCGUUCACCUACCGCAUCCAACCUAUCUGCCCCCCGCAUCCAGCCAACUGCCAGCCAACCGACCAACCAGUUGUUGCAUUUAGUUUAUCCAAGGUAUUCAACCAGUAAACCACCAAUUGGAUGUAGUGUAUCCAAUUUAUCCAACCAACCUCUCAAAGAAUGUGUGACGUGCAUCCACCAUAUCCAUCCCUCCAACCAACCAGUGCAUAUAUCUCGUGCAUCCAACAUAUGCAACAAACCAACCAAUUAAUGUAUCCAGUGCAUCCAAACAGCCAUUCAAUUUAUCUAGAGCAUCCAAUGUAAAAAGCCAGCCCGCCAGCCAACCAACAAAUGAAUGUGUUUCGGAUGUCCACUGUAACCAACCAAGAAAUGUAUUUAGCGUAUCCUGCCAACCAGUGUAUCCAAUGCACCUAAUGUAUCCAUCCAGGCAACCAACCAGUGUAUGUACCUAGUGCAUCUGGUGUAGCCACGCAACUAAUAUCUUAUCUCCGUCCAACCAACAUGUGUAGCCAGUGCAACCAACCAACCCAUGAAUGUCAAGUUCAUCCAGUCAACCAAUAUUGCAGGUAGUGCAACUAAUCCCCCACCCCACGUAUCCAUCCACCCACUGUCAUUGCCUGUCUAGUGCAUCCAGCUGAAAAGAGACCAUCAGGAGCAAAGCUCAGUCCCGUCCUAUUGUGGCAUCAGGGAUUAACCCUCUGCAGAAACCCGAAGAGACUCCAGCCAUGGGCACAGUUCUAAACACCAGUGGAUGGGAUGGGCUCCUGGAGGGAGGAUUCAUUAGAGGGCUGUUCCCUAGCUGUCAUUUCUGUGGCUUUCCACAAUUAUCCAGUACCUUUGGGGUUAACUAUCUCAUCCUGAAUGUGCAGGCCCCACCUACUAUCUAGCUGGAUGUUCCAUGCUCAGAUGAUCAGCAGAGAUGAUGCGACAUUACUUGCCAUUGGUAGGAUUCAGAGUGAACACCCACAAGGACAUGCCACAGGCCUAUUGGUUCAGGCUAUCAGCAGGCUCAGGGAGAUGGCACAGCAUUGGGGUCACCCUGGAAAGGGAAAAUUCCCCCUACUUCUGGGAUUAAAGCAUCUUCCUGGCUCACCCCUAUCUGCAUCUGUGAGAGCCUAGAUCCAUGGUGCUGUUAACUGGUAAUGAGGGUUGUUAACUCUGAACCCUACUGACUGUAAGUUCAGUAUCUCCAGCCUGUUAAAAUGCCGGGCAGCUUUGCAUCUCCACCACAAAAUGAUUUGCUUCUGGUAGGAUUCCAGCUCUCUGGAUCUUUGCAAAUGUAUCUCCUUUCUUCAAUAAACAUUUGUGCAAGCAAA